UAGGGUGGACACGGGCAAUGAAGCACCUGGCCAGGAGCCUGCACCGAGAGGACUCUGGCUGACUUGGAGCAGUGGCACUGGGGGCGGCCCUGGGCAAACUCAGCUUGGCCAAUCCAGAGUUCUCCAAGCCUCCAGGCUGCAGGCCUCAGAAUUGAUCAGCGUCCCUGAACUCGUCCAUCCUCAGUCUAUCUGUCUGUCUCAGCCAUGGCGAAGCUGAUAGGGCUCACCCUCGUGGGACUGCUCUUGGCAUUUUAUAAGAACCACCAAUCUUCCUAUCAAACAAGAUUAGCUGCUUUCCGUGAAGUAACUCCUGUAGAACUUCCUAACUGUAAUUUAAUUAAAGGAAUCGAAACAGGCGCUGAAGACUUAGAGAUCCUGCCUAACGGACUGGCUUUCUUCAGCACCGGACUAAAAUAUCCUGGAAUAAAAAGUUUUGAUCCCAAUGCACCUGGAAAAAUACUUCUGAUGGACUUAAACGAGAAGAACCCAGCGGUGUUGGAAUUAGAAAUGACAGGAAAUAAAUUCGAUAAAUCAUCAUUUAAUCCUCAUGGAGUAAGCACAUUCACAGAUGAAGACAAUGCUGUCUACCUACUCGUGGUAAACCACCCAGACUUCAAGUCCACUGUGGAGGUGUUUAAAUUUCAAGAAGAGGAAAGAUCCCUUUUGCAUCUGAGAACCAUCACACAUGAGCUAUUGCCUAGCAUCAACGAUAUUGCCGCUGUUGGACCUGAGAGCUUUUAUGCCACGAAUGAUCACUAUUUUGCUGACCCAUACUUAAAGUCCUGGGAAAUGUACUUGGGUCUCUCGUGGUCCAAUGUUGUUUACUACAGUCCUGAUAAAGUCCAAGUGCUAGCAGAAGGAUUUGAUUUCGCUAACGGCAUUGGCAUUUCCCCUGAUGGCAAGCAUGUCUAUAUAACUGAAUUGUUGGCUCACAAGAUUCACGUGUAUGAAAAGCAUGCGAAUUGGACUUUAACUCCAUUGAAGACCCUCAACUUUGACACCCUUGUGGAUAACAUCUCGGUGGAUCCGGUGACAGGGGACCUCUGGGUUGGUUGUCAUCCCAAUGGAAUGAGGAUCUUCUUCUACGAUGCAGAGAAUCCUCCUGGCUCAGAGGUGCUUCGGAUUCAGAACAUUUUAUCCGAAGAGCCCAAAGUAACUGUGGUUUAUGCAGAAAACGGCACAGUGUUGCAAGGUAGUACGGUUGCCUCUGUGUACAAAGGAAAACUGCUGGUCGGCACCGUGUACCACAGAGCUCUUUACUGCGAUCUGUGACAAGCUGGCUGCAUCCAUGCCAUGGAAAAUAAGGCCACCAUCUCCAUCCUUUCCCAUGUCAAAGGCGCCUAUCACAGUGACCUCUGCUGCCUACUGAAUGUUGACAUUAAACUUAGACAUAAGAAGGUG